AUGGCGGGCGCAUCCUCGUGGUCGUCGUCCUGCUCAUGCACGUCGUCGCUCGGCUCCUUGGAUGACGACGACGUGGUCUGCGUGGUGAAACCGGGUUCCCCCGGGGCGGCAGAGGGCAGCGUCAAGUUCCUGUGCAGCUACGGGGGUAUGAUCCUUCCACGCCACCCCGACGGCGCCCUCCGUUACGUCGGCGGCAACAACCGCGUCCUCUCCGUCGACCGCUCCCUCCAAUUUUACGAGCUGCAACGGAAGCUGAUGGACAUGUGCGGAUGCGAGGCGAUGAGCCUGCGGUGCCAGCUGCCGACGGAGGACCUGGACGCGCUCGUCUCCGUCACGACCAACGACGACCUCGGCCACCUGCUGGAGGAGUACGACGCCGCUAGCAGGGACCGGCUCCAGCCGCUCAAGAUAAGGGCGUUCCUGUUCCCAAGGUCCAAAACGCCGCCGCUCUCGCCGUCCACCCCGUCGUCCAGGCCAACACCGGCGUACGUCCGCCACCAGCACCACACGGCUCGCCCCCCUCCGGCUCGUGUGCAUUCGGGCCACCGGCGCCCGCACCAGCUCCUGCUCCUCCACAACGGCAGUCGGUUGCAAUAA